GUACGGUAUUGCUUACAUACUUGUACGGUAUCGUAGUUCUGUGCCAUACCAGCAUGGCGCUCACCCGCAGGGCUAGUGGCCGACCUGGCGCUGACUCGGAUGCGUCUCCUUAUCUCCACGAACUGCGUCGUCGGCUCUCGAGCUUUGGGUCGUCUCAGAAGACGCGACGUCGAUUGACGACGCAGCCUGCGGGCCCUGCGGCGGAGAAGAGUUCUGCUAUCUGUUCGUCGAUGCAGCUCACUUUAGAGGAGCCUCUGGCCACGGUUCACCUUGAGAUUACUGAUGUGAGCUGUGCAAGACUACAAUAUAGACUGUUGGGCACCAAACGCUACUGGUACAGAUCUGUCAAGCAGGAGAAGCAGGGCAAGAUCCGCUGGGAGGUUAAGAUGUACCAAAUAUGCUGUCGGAAAUCCACCGUUGACGCACUACUAAAGUGCACGUGGCACACGAUGCCGAGACUCACCAGUGAAGAUGUUACAAUCAAGUCAGUGGGCUUUUUCGAUACAGAGAAGGCAGCAAUGACUGCACUUGAUGCUGCUGCCAAGGCACGAGAUGUUACAAAUCCGUUCACAGGAUUGAGUGUGCGGAAAAGCGAAAUACCGUUGCAGUUGAUCAAGUACUUCCAAGUAGUGGUUGUGUCGGAUAGAUUUCAAAGGAUGACGCAGAACGAGCGACUUGAAUUGAUCUACAGACUGCUACUGGAAACAGCACCGAACCCAGCUAAUGCACAAGACGACAUGGAUACGAAGCUAGCCUACCAGCAACCCGGUAUUGUGGAGAUCGUUGGAAUGUCACUUGACAGUAUGUGCAAAAACGUCGACUCAGUGGAGAGCUGGACAAAGUAG